AUGGGCUUUUUACCAUCUACAAGACCAAACUUCCUCGUCAUCGUCGCAGAUGACCUCGGCUUCAGUGACUGCGGUUGUUAUGGUUCAGAAAUCUCGACACCAAACAUUGACCUUCUCGCUUCGGAAACCGGGGGCAUUCGCUUCACGGAAUUCCAUGUCGCUGCAGCAUGUAGUCCUACAAGGUCUAUGCUCAUGACGGGCACAGACCAUCACAUCGCCGGAUUAGGCCAACUCCAGGAAAUUACCAGGAGUUCACCUGCUCACAAGGGCAAGCCCGGACACGAAGGCUAUCUUAAUGAGAGGGUUGUUGCACUUCCUGAAUUGUUGAGAGAUGGAGGGUAUUUCACCUGCAUGAGCGGCAAGUGGCAUCUGGGACUUAAGCCGGAGCAUCAUCCGAAUAAGAGGGGGUUUAAGAGAAGUCUGGCUCUCCUACCCGGGUGUGCAAAUCACUAUGCGUAUGAACCUGAGUAUCAAGACCCCAAGUCUGAACCGGGCAAAUUCUUCGAGACAGCUGUGCGAGCCCUGCAUGCCGAGGAUGGGAGGUUUCUCGCUGAGAGUGAACUGGGUCCGGAUUGGUACUCUUCAGAUGGCUACACCGACAAGCUUCUAAGUUAUCUAUCCAAUCGCACAGAGGAAGAGCUACAACAGCCUUUCUUUGCGUAUCUACCGUUUUCAGCACCGCAUUGGCCACUCCAAGCUCCAAAGGAGUCAUGCGACAAGUAUCGUGGCGUCUACGAUGAAGGCCCUGAAGCACUUCGACAAAAGCGUCUGCGGAAGCUCAAAGACCUUGGUCUGAUUGACAAAUCUGUUGUGCCUCAUCCAGUGACGACUGUGCCUGGUGAACCUGGCGAGUGGGACCAGCUCCAUGACGAAACUAAAGCUGCGAGUGCACGAGCUAUGGAGGUUUACGCUGGCAUGGUCGAUCGCAUGGAUUGGAAUAUUGGCCGAGUGAUCCAGUAUCUUAAGGACAGGAAGGAAUACGAUAACACGGCCAUUCUGUUCAUGAGUGAUAAUGGGGCCGAGGGAGCGAGCUAUGAAGCCUUUCCACUUGUCGGGACCACAAUAAUGGAUCAUGUGCACAAGUACUACGACAACAGCUUAGAGAACAUCGGACGUGGUAACUCCUUCGUCUGGUAUGGCUCAAGAUGGGCUCAGGCGGCUACAGCACCGUCAAGGUUAUACAAAAUGUUCUCCACGGAGGGUGGGUGCCGAGUACCGCUCGUGGUGAAGCCAACGGCUGAAGUGGGAUCCAAGGCUAGAGGCAGCAUCGUCACUGAUGCCUUCUGUACAGUGAUGGAUAUUGUUCCCACUAUUCUAGAGUAUGCUGGACUGGGCCACCCAGAAACCUACUCUGGAAGACCAGUCAUGCCCCUCCGUGGCAAGAGUUGGAAAUCCUUCCUCGAUCAACUAGACAGCAUAUCGAGAUCAUCGCCAAUUCACGAUAAAAGCUACGUUGCAGGCUUUGAAGUAGCAGGUUCAGGCGCUCUUCGCCGUGGGGACUGGAAGAUAACCUACGUCCCUAAGCCAAAGGGCCCCCAGCGAUGGGAAUUAUUCAACAUCAAGAACGAUCCCGGCGAGACGAAUGAUUUGGCAGAGUCUCGACCUGAGUUGAUGGCAGAGUUGCUGAAGCUAUGGGAGGAAUACAAGGUUGAGGUUGGCGUGGUAGGUUUGGCAGGCGAGUUUCCGGGUCUGGCUGGUAAGCAGGGCGCCCAGCAGGAUACAAUUAAUGAUGAGAUGGAGGAUCCGUAUUCUUGGAUCAAGUAUAUCAAGAGACCGGAGAUUACACCAAAAGAGUUGGUAGGUAUAGUUCCAGUCUAG